UACUUCAUUAAAUCAAUGCGCACCCGCACAGUUAUACAAAACAUCGCAGUUUGCUUGUUUAACGAUGGUUUUAAUAUUAUUUUAUUAAGGUGGAUGAGUGCAGUAGACAGUUGGUGCGUGACGCUGAUCAUGAAGGGUGCAGUGCUGUUGACGGUAGUGUAUUUCUUGCACUGCGAAGGUGCGGUGGUCGUGAAGAGAGACGAGCCUCCUGUCGUGAACGACCGGCCCAUCAUCGGAGUCCUGUCUCAAGAGCAGUCUUUCUAUCUUCACUCAAAGUUCCCGGAAGAGAACUACACCAGCUACAUCGCGGCCUCAUAUGUGAAAGAUGUUGAAGCAUCCGGUGCUAGGGUUGUGCCUAUUUUAAUCGGCAAGGAUCGUGCUUACUACAAAACACUUCUGGGAAAAAUAAAUGGAGUGUUGUUGCCAGGUGGAGCCACCUUCUUCAACCAGUCAGAUGGCUAUGCCGAUGCUGGUCAGCAUAUUUACGAGAUUGCUCAGGAACUUAACGAUGCCGGCGAAUACUUCCCAAUUUUUGGCACCUGCCUCGGUUUCGAGUUACUCAUCAUCCUAGCCUCGGGCCGCGGGUACCCCGAAAACAGAAUCAGAUGCUAUUCCUAUGAGAAUAUACCCCUCGAUUUUACGGAUGAUUUCCGCGACAGCAAAAUGUUCAAAGAGGCUCCGGAAGACAUCUUACACUUGUUGGCUCACGAGGAUGUCACAGUCAACGCUCACCAGUUCUGCAUCAUCGACGAGAAUUUGAAGUCACAUAAUUUGACGCAAGACUGGCGAGUCACAUCUCACUCUGAUGACGAAAACGGAGUUAAAUUCAUCGCUACAAUCGAACAUACGAGGUAUCCAUUCUACGGGGUCCAGUUCCAUCCAGAGAAGAGCUCUUUCGAAUGGAAAAAGUCCAAAAAUUACCCUCACUCUCUAAACGCAGUGAAGUCUAACCGCUAUUUCAUGGAUUUCUUUGUGAAGGAGAGCAGAAAGAGCUUACAUACGUUUGCCAACCAGACAGAGGAAAACCAGUACGUGAUAUAUAACUAUGAACCUCUAUUCACUGGAGUCUUGGGCAGCAUGUAUCACCAGUGCUACUUCUUUGAACCCAAAGGCACCGUGCAGAAAUCUACAUAAAUAAAUAUGGCGUAUAUCUUACAAGGUUUUCUGACUGUGUACCUAACUAGUGUAAUUGUUAAAGAAUAGAUGUCUGUUUUUAGCAAA